GGUUUGGGAGUUGAUUUUAAGUCCAUCUUCAACCCGAAAAGGUCCAGCUAGCUCAUCUUUAAUAAUACCAGCCCAUACCAGUACCCCGCCUCCACCUUGCUGGCGUCUGAUUCGAAGUGGAGCUCUGUGCCCAUUACCGAUCCAGCCACGGGUCCAUCCAUCUGGUCCGUCAAGAGUCACUCUCAUCCCAUCAGUCCAUAAAACCUUUGAAAAAUCUCUCUUCAGAUAUUUCUUGGCCCAGUCUUGACGUUUCGACUUGUGAGUCUUGUUCAGUGGUGGUCAGAUUUCAGCCUUCCUUACCUUGGCCAUGUCUCUGAGCACUGAACACCUUGUACCUCUGGGCACUCCAGGUAGGUUGCAGUUCUGGAAUAUGACCGCACCGGAGGAUAAGCGGUUCCUGGUAGCUUUACGUUUGAGUCUUCUCAAAUCUUUGGCAGUUAAUUUGCAUCUUUUUGUCUUAACACAUUUCUUGCGACCCUGUUGACUAUUUGCAUCAAAAUGUUUGCUGAUUCUGUGAUCACGCCCAAAUAUCUAAGCAAUUUCAAGAGUGCUGCAUCCCUCUGAAAGACCUUUUACAAUUUUUGACUUUUCAGAGUCCCUUAAAUCUCUUUUUUGGCCCAUUUUACCUGAGGAAAAGAAGCUGCCUAAUAAUUAUGCACACCUUGAUAUAGGGUUUUGAUCUCCUUAGGCCCUAGCCUCCCUGAUUACACUAAUACACAUUAGCUGAUAUGUUUAUAUCCAAUAAACAUUCAAGUUUAUACAGCUUGGAGUUGGAAAAUAUGCAUAAAAAUGAUGAUAUGAUCAAAAUAAUCACUUGCCCAAUAAUUGUGCACACAGUGUAAAUGGACAGGCUCUAAUCAGAAGGCCCUCUCUCUUACAGUGCAGACAUUUUCUAUAUUCAGAGGUGACAUCAAUGACAGUCAAAGUCAUCAACCCUCAGGAUCAUUUAGACCUGACAUCAGUGAGAGACCGCAUGGCUCAGCUGGGUACACUAGAGAAGAUCACCUUUCUGGACAGCAGAGAAAGAGGAGACACAGAAAGAAAAAAAAAAGUUACAAAAUCUAACAUUCCCUCAAAGGUCAACAAGCCAAAGAGAAAGAGAGAAAGAAAGAAAGAGAGUGUGUUUAUAUGUGGUGUAUCUUUAAAUAUGUUUGGAUAUAAAACAGUGGAAGUCUUUCUGUGAUCAUGAGGUUUAUAUGAGGUGAAUAAAUGUUGGUGCAGUUGAUCUUCAGGACGGCUGCAGCUUUAAUAACCUCUGCUUGUUGGAGUUUGAGAGUCUAAAGUUCACAUCGCCACUCCUCUUCCUGGAUUAUACAAGAGCUGGAUUUCCCCUCCCUCGUCUCUCACACAGCACGCUCCACUCUGCACACUCACUUCCUUGUUCCCUCCCCUUUAGAUCUACAGUCUGAGGUUGGGUGUAACCACAGGUGCUGAGCUGAUCCUGUUGACUCACACAUGUUGUUGAGAUCAGAGCUCAGACUAGUUUGACUUCUGAGGAAAUAAAACUCAGUCACUCGGUCGUUGUUGACAGUGAGUGUUGAAAUGGCGCAGAAAGGAGUUCAUCUGGACCGUGAAUCUUUCUCUUGUCCCAUCUGUUUGGAUCUACUGAAGGAUCCGGUGACUGUUACCUGUGGACACAGCUUCUGCAUGAGCUGUAUUCAAACCUACUGGGAUAAAGAGGAUGAGAAGAAGAUCUACAGCUGUCCUCAGUGCAGACAGACCUUCACACCGAGGCCUGUCCUGAUGAAAAGCACCCUGUUAGCAGGUUUAGUGGAGGAACUGAAGAAGAGCGGACUCCAAGCUGCUCCUGAUGAUCCCUCUGAUGCUGGACCUGAAGAUGUGGCCUGUGAUUUCUGCAGUGACAGAAAACUGAAAGCUGUCAAGUCCUGUCUGCAAUGUCUGGCUUCUUACUGCCAGAUUCACCUCCAGCCUCAUUUUGAAGUGGCUCCAUUUAAGAAACACAAGCUGGUGGAGCCCUCCAAUAAGCUCCAGGAGAACAUCUGCUCUCUUCAUGAUGAGGUGAUGAAGAUGUUUUGCCGCACUGAUCAACAGUCUAUAUGUUAUCUCUGCCCUGUGGACCAACACAAAGGCCACGACACAGUCUCAGCUGCAGCAGAAAGAGCUGAGAGGCAGAAAGAUCUGGAGGAGAGUCGAGAAAACAUCCAGCAGAGAAUCCAGGACAGAGAGGAAGAUGUGAAGCUGCUCCAACAGGAGGUGGAGGCUAUCAACGGCUCUGCUGAUAAAGCUGUGGAGCACAGCCAGGAGAUCUUCAGCCAGCUGAUCCGUCUCAUGGAGAAACGCCGCUCUGACGUGGAGCAGCAGGUCAGAUCCCAGCAGGAACAUGAAGUGAGUCGAGUCAAAGAUCUUCAGGAGAAACUGGAGCAGGAGAUCACUGAGCUGAAGAGGAAAGAUGCUGAUCUGCAGAAGCUCUCACUCACAGAGGACCACAACCAGUUUCUGCACAGCUACCCCUCACUGUCAGGACCGGGUCAACCUGCAGACUCAUCCAGGAUCAACAUCCGUCCUCUGAGAUACUUUGAGGAGGUGACAGCAGCUGUGUCAGAGGUCAGAGAUAAACUCCAGGAUCUUCUGACAGAGACGUGGACAAACGUCUCACAGGCAGUGACUGAAGUGGAUGUUUUACUGUCAGAACCAGAACUCAAGACCAGAGCUGGUUUCUUAAGAUAUUCACAAAGAAUCACACUGGAUCCAAACACAGCAAGCAGAGAUCUGUUAUUAUCUGAUGGAUACAGAAGAGCAACACGGACAGAACAACAACAGUCUUAUCCUGAUCACCCAGACAGAUUUACCUUUUAUCCUCAGGUCUUGAGUAGAGAGAGUCUGACUGGACGUUGUUACUGGGAGGUGGAGCGUAGAGGGGACAGGGUUCUUGUAGCAGUCGCAUACAAGUCUAUCAGCAGAGCAGGAAAAUCAGAUGAUUGUGUAUUUGGAAACAAUGACAAAUCUUGGAGGUUAGGCUGUUAUAAAGACACGUAUGAAUUUGUGCACAACAAAGUCUUCACUAAUGUCCCUGGUCCUCAGUCCCCCAGAGUAGGAGUGUACCUGGAUCACAGAGCAGGUAUUCUGUCCUUCUACAGCGUCUCUGAAACCAUGACUCUCCUCCACAGAGUCCAGACCACAUUCACUCAGCCUCUACAUGCUGGACUGUUGUUAUUAUAUGGAGACUCUGCUGAGUUUAUUGAAGUGAAAUAAAGAGAAUUUUGAGUCAAUCAGACCAAAAACAUGUAAAUGAGAUCAUUGAACUCUUGAAAUGUUCUGGUUUGUAAAUCUUUGUGGAUCAGUCUCACCAAAAACUGUCAAUUUAUUUCUUCAUUCUAGCUUUUUCAUUCUUUUCCAAAGAGGCUGAUUUAUUCGCAGCUUAAAGGACAGUGAUUCAUUGUUUGUAUUUCUCAUCUUGAAAAAUCUUCAUAAAAGUUUGAUGACAAAAACAUCAAGAUGAUCAUUUGUCCAAAUCACCUCCAGCUGGUGCAGAUGUUGAAGGUCUGAGACUUUAGUAAAAAGUGACGUCAAAAAGGAAAGAAAGAUGAAAAAGCACAAUCUUAUUUCUUGUCCCAAAAUCCAACCAUCUAAAGUCUUUCCAGUCCGCCCCAAAAACACUUCCAAUGAUCUGUGCUUUCUCUGUUUGCUCAAUAUUUGUAUGAAUGUCAUUGAUGGAUAUUUCUGUCUGCUUCUGUUGGAUCAGUGUGUUUGUAAAGACAUCUAUAACGAGACUUUUGGUACAUUAACAUGUUAUGAGCUUUUCAAUUAUGGGUUUUUGAUUGUGUGGGUGAAAAAAAUAAAAAUCAUCAAACUGAGUCACUGAAAGCACCUCGAAUGUUUUUCUUGAUGGUUUAGUCCACCUGACAGCGACUGACGACAAGUGUAAUGUCAGUGAGUGAGACCAGACUGAAUGACCUGGGGGUUAGACAUCUUGCUGCCCAAAAAGCAAAAAUCAGGGUUUCAAAAAAAGAAAGAAGGCAGCUUCUCCAUUAAUUGGACAGGCUCUAAUCAGACGGCCCUCCCUCUUACAGUGCAGACAUUUCCUAUUUUCAGAGGUGACAUCAAUGACAGUCAAAGUCAUCAACCCUCAGAUCACACCAGAUUGAGCUCCUCAUUCCUCUUGUUUAGGAUCAUCUAGACCUGACAUCAGUGAGAGACCACAUGGCUCAGCUGGGUACACUGGAGAAGAUCACCUUUCUGGACGGCAGAGAAAGAGGAGACACAGAUUUGAGAAAGGAUUAGGAGAAGGGUAAAUGGAGAAUAAACAACGAGCACAAACCAAACAACACAUAAAGAAAGAAAAAUAUGGAGCCAGAUCAGGCUCAAAAGUAUUGAAAAAGUAGUGUAAGUGAAAAAAUAAAAAGUGAAGUGAAAAAAUAAGAUUUGAACCUGAAAAUAGUAAAAUGGUACCUGAAAGUCUUGAAUUUCGAAAUUGAACUUUGAAAAAUCCCAGAAUGCAUGAAAAAAAUCUGUUCAAAUGUAACUUUGAUUCUGUUUUUUAAUACUUUUGAAUAAAUUACUUAUUUCUAUUAUUCACUUCAAUGUAUAUUUUGAUCUUUGAGUACUUUUUUUUUCGAUUGAAUUUUAUUAUUUAUUUCAGAUUCAACUUGAAAAGUUUCAGGUUGACUUUUGAGCCUGUUUUUCCGUGGGGGCGGGCCUCGACUGAGAGGGGCGCGGUCUGCCAUGAGUGACAGGCCUCCCCCUCCUUCCCCACCCCAUCACCCUGCGUUCAGGAAGUGGCAUGAAUACACAUUAGCUUAGCCUACAAUUAGGCUGUCUUGGCUGAAUAAGAUCGUGUUGGUUCGUUCCACUUUAGGGUGCGAUAUAAACUGUGAUUCAUUAAAAAGCUGUAUUGAUAGUGAGUACUAAAAAAAUAUAUAUCUACUCAUGCCAUCCUGUCGAUUUUUAGUAAUCAGUGUUUCGGUGUCGAACUAUUUCCCCUCUGCGGCGUAGUAAUACUUGCACACGCGCAAUCGAAUAUGCAGGGGGUGAAGCGAUUUUUGUCACGUGGACCAAUAGGAGCCGAGUCUCAUUGCCAUAGCAUCAGAAAUACACAAACAUGGCGACGACCGCAUCUCGCAGCGAGACAAGCGAAGAGGAAGAAAAGAAAAGUAACAAAAGAAAACAGCCUUCAAAAGUGCAUAAAAAGGAGCGAAACGAUGUUAUAUGCAUCUAUCAUCUGUCCAGAGUGAAGACGUUCUCGACUUUACAAGAACACGUUGGGAAACUUACAGAACUAGUAUUAGAAAGUGGCUUUCUCUACAGGGUGAGACAAAGGACCUUGCAGAAACUUUGCGUUGAUAUCGACUUUGACAAUGUUCCUGAUGACACUGGGUUUCACACAACAUGCUACAAGCGAUUUAUUUGCAAAAGGGGUUUGAGAAACAAGAACGUGAUGCAGCCGCGGGCCAGUCAAACCCUUAACGCAGCAUCGCCGAUGCAUCC